CCGCCUCCUUCCAGCUGCAGGUCCCGCGCUGAGCCGCGGCCGCGGGCGGCUCCGGAAGAUGUCCGAGCGCGGCGGCUUCUACAAGCAGGAGCUGAACAAGACGGUGUGGGAGGUGCCCCAGCGCUACCAGAACCUGACCCCCGUCGGCUCCGGUGCCUACGGCUCCGUGUGUUCAGCUUAUGAUACCAAAACAAGACAGAAGGUGGCAGUAAAAAAGCUUUCAAGACCUUUUCAAUCACUUAUUCAUGCCAGAAGGACAUACCGGGAGCUGAGAUUGCUUAAGCACAUGAAACAUGAAAAUGUUAUAGGAUUACUAGAUGUUUUUACACCUGCAACGUCAAUAGAAAAUUUUAAUGAAGUGUAUCUUGUGACAAAUUUAAUGGGUGCUGAUCUGAAUAACAUAGUAAAGUGCCAGAAGCUAACAGAUGACCACAUUCAGUUUCUUAUAUACCAGUUACUUAGAGGUCUUAAGUAUAUUCAUUCAGCUGGAAUCAUUCACAGGGACUUGAAACCCAGUAACCUAGCUGUAAAUGAAGACUGUGAAUUAAGGAUUUUAGACUUUGGUUUAGCCCGACAAACCGAUGAUGAAAUGACUGGAUAUGUAGCAACAAGAUGGUACAGAGCUCCAGAAAUUAUGUUAAACUGGAUGCACUAUAAUCAAACAGUUGACAUUUGGUCAGUUGGAUGCAUCAUGGCAGAGCUAUUGAAAGGAAAAGCCCUUUUUCCAGGAAAUGACUAUAUUGAUCAACUAAAGAGAAUAAUGGAAGUUGUGGGCACACCCAGUUCUGAACUUCUCAAGAAAAUAUCAUCAGAACAUGCUAGAAAGUACAUUGAAUCUCUACCAUAUAUGCCUCAGCAGGAUUUGAAAGCAGUAUUUCGUGGUGCCAACCCAUUAGCUGUAGAUCUUCUUGAGAAGAUGCUUAUAUUAGACAGUGAUAAAAGGAUAACUGCCUCAGAAGCUCUUGCACAUGCCUACUUUGUACAGUAUCAUGAUCCUGAUGACGAGCCUGAGGCUGAGCUAUAUGACGAGUCAAUAGAGAAUAAAGAACGAACCAUAGAAGAGUGGAAAGAGCUUACAUAUGAAGAAGUGAUUAGCUUUAAACCACCUGAUUUAAAAAUGGAUAGUCUGGAAAUAGAACAGUAAAUACAGCUAUGUUUUGCCUUGCUGCACUCUGAAGACUGUUAAACAUACUACAAUUUAACAUAUGUUCACAAGAGUAGAUUUUACUAUCCAAAGAUUUUGGAGAAGAUAUGGAAAAGCAGGUGAAUGAAACUGAAGCCAGAUGUCUGUUUUGAGGUCUUUUGUUUCUUGGGGUUUUUUUGUUGGUUUUUUUUGGUUUGGUUUGUGUUUUUGCCUUGUACUAUGAAUGUAAUCCCUCAUAAAAGGUGAUAAAGAAAUGCUUCAUUCUGAUAAAAUGAUGCACUGAGUUAUGUUUAACUGUGUUUUCUGCAUGUUUUACUUUUUCAGUUGUAAUGCCAAAAAUGAAGGUAACUUUAUUAUUUGAAAUUGUACAGUUAAAGCGUGAAUGUAUGCAAACAUCAAGGUAGAAUCCCAUACAAGCAACCCAUUUUUUCCUGGCAUUAACCUUAUUUUAUCUGGUUUGUCUUGUUUUGUUUUACUUAGUUUUCUUUAUAGCUAGUGCCUUUAUGAAAAGAGGGCAUAGUAGAGAGAUAGACAUAAUAUGCAACUGUAGUCGUAUCUGUGGUGGUCUUACAAACAUAUUGGAUGUCUCUUGAAUGGUCUAACACCAGUUGGAAGUCAACGAAUAAAUCUGUCUUUUGUUGCCA